AUGGCGUCUUUCGCACCAGGCCUACGGAGGCUCGCUCUGAGAGCAUCGCCCUCGCUCUUCGUGUGCCGCCAAUGCCAGCGCCAGCAGCCGCAAUGGCGCUCGUCCCCGUCCCGCGUCCUCAACACCAUCGUACGAUCCCACCAGCAGCAGCAGACCCGAAGCUUCAACCAGACCAAGGCACCGCUCAACUUCAACAGCAACGCCGUCAUCGCAGACAAGGUGGCAUCCCCGAUCGCCGAGGAGGCCGCUGCUAAGGCCAAGGAGGGCACCAAGCAGAGCGCGUGGCCCGAGACAAACUCCAAGUCUGUGGGAUACUGGCUCGUCGGCAGCGCAAUUAGCGUCUUUGGCAUCGUCGUCUGGGGUGGCCUCACACGAUUGACUGAAUCUGGCUUGAGCAUCACCGAAUGGCGUCCGGUAACCGGCUCCAUGCCCCCGCGGAACCAGGAGGAGUGGGAGUCCGAGUUCGAAAAGUACCGCGCAUCCCCCGAGUUCAAGCUCCUCAACCCACACAUGGAUCUGGCCGAGUUCAAAAAGAUUUACUUCAUGGAGUGGUCCCACCGCCUCUGGGGCCGCCUCAUCGGAAUGUCCUUCGUCCUGCCCACGCUCUACUUCAUCGCCCGUCGCCGCGUGACCCCCAAGAUGGCUGUCAAUCUCUGCGGAAUCUCCUGCCUCAUCGCCUUCCAGGGCUUCAUCGGCUGGUGGAUGGUGAAAUCGGGCCUCAAGGACGACCUCUUCGCCCCCGGCUCCCACCCCCGCGUCUCCCAGUACCGCCUAACCGCCCACCUCGCCACGGCCUUCAUCUGCUACUCCUGGAUGCUCGUUUCCGCCCUCACCGUCUUCCGCACCCGUCGCCUGGUCGCCGACCCCGUCGCCGCGACAAAGGUCCUGGCCGCCCUCCAGAACCCGGCCAUCAAGACAUUUCGCCGCCUCUCCUUCGGUCUCAUCGCCCUCGUCUUCACCACCGCCAUGUCCGGCGCCCUCGUUGCCGGCCUCGACGCCGGCCUCAUCUACAAUGAGUUCCCCUACAUGGGCCUGGGCCUGACCCCGCCCUCCGGCGAGCUCUGGGAUAAGUUCUACUCCCGCAAGGAGGACGGCUCCGACCUGUGGUGGCGCAACAUGCUCGAGAAUCCCAGCACCGUCCAGCUCGACCACCGCAUCCUCGCCAUGACGACCCUCUGCUCCAUCCUCUCCCUCUUUGCCUACUCCCGCACCGGCCGCGUCGCCGCCGCUCUCCCCAAGAACGUCAAGAAGGGCGUCCUGGGCACCGUCCACCUCGUUCUGAUGCAGGCCGCGCUCGGCAUCAGCACACUCAUCUACAUCGUCCCCGUUCCCUUGGCUGCGGCUCACCAGGCCGGCGCGUUGGCGCUGCUCACUGGCGCGCUAGUCCUCGGACACCGUCUGCGCGUGCCAAAGUCCACGCUGGCCAUGAUCCAAAAGCGGAUGAAGGCGAUCAAGCGAGUUUAG